AUGCUUAUGGGUAUCCCUUAUUUCUUCGCAAGCAUAGCACUCGAUGUUAUCAAGGCUCUUUCAAUCGCGAUUUUUAAUAGGUUGAGAAGUUGUGGUCGAGUUCCAGCCAGCUCAAAAUACGGAAAAGUCGCGCGAGAUGAGGAAGAGCUCUACGAAUUGGAGCACAAGGACACUAUUCACAAGUCUAGAAAUCGAAAAGAGCGGCUUGCCUUGUUCCUGUAUGCUACAACCGGCGUAUUUCUCAUAGCCCAGGCCAUUACGUUCAUUUUGAGGCCCAAUGAACUCUCCCUCAUCUUCAUGUCAUGGACUUCGAUUGCCCUCCCCAUCGCCGAUAUUCUCAGCACCGAUUCUCCGCUGACGAUAUUACUACCUGUAUACAAUCCCGAUAUUAUCGAGAAAUGGGAGGGGAAAACUGCGUUGGGAGAACCCAGUCGGUGGGCUUGGCUGCCAAACACUGACGACCCUCCGUCGGGUUUUAGUGAUUGGUAUGAGCCGGAACGAACACACUAUAGCUCGGCUUUGGACCCCUUGAACCAGACCAACGUCAAUGGUGACCUACUUUCCCCGCUACGUGGGAAGCUUGGUGACGUCGAUAUCCGACAUGUUGUGAUUAUUUUAUUAGAGAGCACUCGUCAGGAUGUAUUCCCCUUCAAGAAGGGCGGAUAUAUGUGGAAGAAGCUAGAGGAAACUUGGGAAAACAAAACAAUACCAAGCGACGUGCAAGAGCGACUCGCAAGUCUCACAAAAACUGCCAACUUUGUUACAGGCGACUACAACGACGGCUUUGACCAUCCUGACACGAGGCGCCGCGGUGGUAUCCAUGCUAUCCACGGCACCCCGUCUGCGACAUACACACUGAAAAGUUGUGCGGGAACGCUCUGUGGAAUCAGCCCACUAGCAGUUGAUGGCAAUCAUGAGUAUUAUAGCCAUAUAUACCAGCUAUGUCUCCCACACAUCUUCAAGCUUUUCAACAACAUGGACCACGCCUCCGCCAACAGCCGUAUAAAUCGACAGUAUACCGAAUACAGUUGGAACAACUCUUUCCUCAUGUCAGUGACUGGCCACUUUGACAGCCAAUAUCAGUUGAUGGAAGGGAUCGGCUACACAGACGAUGAGCUUAUCGAUGUGGAAUACUUGGAGAGUGACAAAGCCGCUUUUUCUCCCCCCAACCGGCCAUAUGUCAACUAUAUGGGGUGGGAAGAGGAAGCUCUCGAGGAAUAUGUCGCCGAAGCAUUUAAAACAGCAAGGGAGAAUAACACACGGCUGUUUCUCACUCACCUAACUAGCACGGCGCACUACCCAUACGAAAUUCCGGAAACCGCAACAUAUGUUGCGCUUAUACCAGAGGGUAGUGGUAAUUACGCGUAUGAUAUGUCCAUGUAUCUCAACGCCGUGGGAUAUGUCGACAGCUGGGUUGGUAGAGUUCUGGAUAUCAUCGAAGAACAAGGUGCUGCCAACGAAACACUGGUCGUAUUUGUCGGCGAUCAUGGCGUUCCCCUUGCAGAGACGGGGGGAGUAUCACCGUGGGGAAUCCCCAACAUUGGGGGGUUUCGGGUACCUCUCGCCUUCUCCCACCCCAACUUACCUGCCGUUGAGAUCCAGGAAUCGGUCACUGCAAUGUCCGUCGUACCGACUAUACUGGAUUUGCUCAUUGAAACCGGCUCACUCUCGCCGUCGGAACAACACGCCGCCAAGGAUCUUUUGCGAAACUAUGAGAGCCAGUCACUUAUCCGGUCAUUAGAGGCGCCAGAGACCGAUUCAGAACAGCGAUGGCAGUUCACAGCUGUAAGCCCCGGUGGCCAAGGGGUCUCGGUGCGUAGCAUGGACGAGCCUCGCUGGCGCUUAGUAGUUCCUCUAAUUGAAGACUUGGAGUGGUGGUUCAGUGACCUCGAUAACGAUCCACAUGAAGAGGAUCCUAUCGGAUCCUUCGGCUUUAGGAAGCUAUUACAAACUGUGGAAGAGAAGCAUGGUAUAGAAGCCGCCAAGUGGGCUGAAGAAGCGGCUUUUGUGACACGGUGGUGGUUGAAAGAAAACCACGAGAGAUGGCGGUAUAAUCCUGAAUAG